GAAGGCUUGGGUCAGGGAGAGGAGGGUAGAUGGUGGUAGGCGAUUCGAGGGGGAAGCUUGUUAAGAGCCAAACAUGAAGGGGGGGGAAGCCUACAGGAAAUGAGCUCUCCAUCCUGCAGUUAAAUCUGACCUCUUGGCUGACGAUCAAAUGCUUGUCCAUCCAAAUACCAUAGCGUCUCUGUCCAGGGCACGGGCUGAGGGAGGGACAGAGGGAAAAGAGGGAGGGAGAACGGGCCCUUCCCUAGCCGUCUGUCUACGAUUUACAGAUAUACAGGGAGGGAGAGCGAGUCCUCGGAACCACCUCCUGCUUCACACACAGAGAACAACACGUCCCCCUCUGCCACCAACGUCCAAACACUCGUACUGAUGCCGUGAGAUGGAUCUAAAAAGUCGAGCAUUCCUCAGACAUACAGAUGUCUCUUCUUCACUCCCACUCCUUCACGCGAGGGCAAUGAGGUAAAAAUGGGGAACUAUUAAUAGCUGGAUGACAGACCAAGAUGAUGGACAGUGCUGAAGAGAAAGUUCAUUAUUAAAAUGCUGCCUUUACUUCUAAUAUGACUGUUUGGAUUCUGAGCCUAAGAUUGGACUUCAGUGGAAUACUUCCAACUCUGGUUUGGGUGGAAACAACCUUUCCCAUUUGAGGGUGCAGUUUUUUCCUCUUGCUCACGUAAUUGCUUGCGUGUUAGCCCUAAUUGGAGGUAGGAGGUUAUAGGAACUUACUGGAUCAGACCACGAUGGAAUGGAGUGUGUGGGGCGCAGGAGCUGAGGAGACUUCCCUGUGCCUGGUUGUCGAGAUCUGGAGACCUUAUUUCACCUCAGCUCCACUCUUAGACCUUCAUGUACAACAAGAAAGACUAGCAUAUUCAGACUCAGCACAGCUUCUUCAACAAAUUUAACCUCAGCUCAUCUACCCUGGACCUUCAUACCCACUAGUUCGAUUGAGCUCUUUUUAGGAUGCGGCGCUUUGCCAAGCUCAAAAAAACCUUUCCGUUUCUUGCACAUUUCCAUGUGUACAAAAAGCUGGGCAGUGGUAUGCAGGGUGAAGAAGGCACAGAGUGGCUCCUGGAGCUGCUGAUGGAGGUGCAGCUGCAGCAGUAUUUCCUGCUCAUCCGGGACGAUCUUAACGUCACGCGCCUGUCACACUUCGACUACGUCAAGAACGAAGACCUGGAGAAGAUCGGCAUGGGCCGGCCCGGACAGAGAAGGCUGUGGGAGGCAGUGAAGAGGAGAAAAGCGAUGUGCAAACGCAAGUCUUGGAUGAGUAAGGUGUUCAGCGGGAAGAGACCAGACGGGGAUUUCCAGCCGCAGGCGACCAGCACUUUUCGGAAGCUUUCGAGCACUCCUCCUCCUACAGAAGGCCAGCAGCAAGCACUCACCUGCCUGAUCAGCGAGAAGGAGCUGGCGUUGUGUGAGAAGCUCGGAGACGGCUCGUUCGGCGUGGUGAAGCGUGGAGAGUGGGUCACCCCAGGGGGAAAAGUGUUGAACGUGGCGGUGAAAUGUUUAAAGACGGACGUCCUGAACCAGCCGGACGCUCUGGAUGACUUCAUUCGUGAGGUCAACGCCAUGCACUCACUCGACCACCAGAACCUCAUCCGCCUCUACGGAGUCGUCCUCACACACCCCAUGAAGAUGGUGACAGAGCUGGCUCCUCUUGGCUCUUUACUGGAUCGCUUGCGAAAGACGCAGGGACACUUCCUUAUCUCUACGCUCUGCCAAUACGCCAUCCAGAUUGCUAACGGUAUGUCCUACCUGGAGACCAGGCGCUUCAUCCAUCGCGACCUAGCUGCCCGCAACAUCCUGUUGGCCUCCAGCGACCUCGUCAAGAUCGGAGACUUCGGCCUGAUGAGGGCGCUGCCCAACAACGAUGAUCAUUACGUCAUGCAGGAGCAUCGUAAAGUCCCCUUUGCUUGGUGUGCUCCAGAGAGCCUGAAGACACGCACCUUUUCCCAUGCCACGGACACAUGGAUGUUUGGGGUGACCCUGUGGGAAAUGUGCACUUACGGACAAGAGCCGUGGCUCGGCCUCAACGGCAGUCAGAUCCUUCAUAAGAUAGACAAGGAACGUGAGAGGCUACCGAAGCCCGAGGACUGUCCCCAGGACAUCUAUAAUGUCAUGCUGCAGUGCUGGGCGCAGAAACCCGACGACAGGCCUACGUUUGUGGCUCUCAGAGAGUUCCUGGUGGAGACGAUGCCGACUGAUAUGAGGGCGCUGCAGGACUUUGACGAGCCUGACAAACUGCACAUUCAGAUCAGUGACGUCAUCACCAUCAUCGAGGGCAGGUGUGGGAGUAAAGAGAUGAUGACUAGUCCUGACCAAUCAGAACUGAGAUGUGGUAUAAGGGCGGAGAAUUAUUGGUGGCGAGGGCAAAACAAGCGCACGAUGAAGGUGGGGCAGUUCCCCAGGAACGCGGUUACCUCCGUAGCCGGACUAUCGGCUCAUGACAUCAGCCGGCCACUGAAGAACAGCUUCAUCCACACGGGCCAUGGAGACACCAACCCUCGCCGCUGCUGGGGGUUUCCGGAUCGGAUAGACGAUCUGUAUCUGGGGAACCCCAUGGAUCCUCCGGAUGUCCUCGGACUGGAUCCAAAUGCUCCCAGGCCCACACAGCUUCCUGGGCGAGCCAAAAACCCAAACUAUGACCCAGUUACAGAGGAUGAAGACCUGACGUCCUCCGGCUUGAGUCGCCUCUCGUUAAAAAAGCCCCCCACAAAGAGCCUGAAACUAAAGCCAUCAGCCUGGGUUUCAGCCACCAAGCUGAGCGAUCGGCCUUUUUAUGGUCUCCGAACCCCAGGAGGUGGUGCUCCCACUGAGGUCUCUCUUAUAGACUUUGGAGAAGAAAUGUUCUCUUCUACCCCCUCUCCUGUUGCAGAAUCCCAGGUCCCUAGUUUGACUAGACUGGUCCUGGAAGCAGAUAAUAUCUUGGAUUGUACCCCACCCCAUAGUCCGUUUCGGUCUCUGCCUCGGCCACUCCACCCCACCCCAGUGGUAGACUGGGACUCGAGACCUCUCCCUCCUCCUCCAACGUAUGAUGACGUAGCGCAAGAUGAAGACGACAUCGAGGUGAGCUCGAUCAACAGCACAGAGAUAAGAGGUCCUGAUGAACCCGGCUCUCCUUGUGCCCCUUGCACUCCUGCGAACGAGGAUAAAUUCAGAGUAGAGGAUGAUCUCUUCCCCCCCAGCAGACAGAGUUGUUCUCGGACCUUCUCGCAAUCAGCUGAGAUCUUCCAGGAGCUACAGCACGAGUGCAUGAAGCGUCUGAACGUACCCGUAGGCUCCAUAAGCCCCGAUCCCUACCGCCAGAUCUUUCUGUCCACCUGCGAGGACAAGCCCCAGGUCCCACCUCGAGUCCCGAUCCCACCUCGACCUCCAAAAAGCACAGGAAACGACUGUGCCCGCUGGUCACGUGACCUCUCUCCAGCCUCGUGCUGCGAGGACGAGAAGGCGCGUCCGCCCCAGAUCCCCCCGAGGGAUCCUCUGUCUCAGCCGGGCACUCGUACGCCCAGCCCCAUGAAUCGUACCACACACUUCCUCUCCACCUCACCUGGCAAAUUGAUGCCUACUACACAGAGCUUUGCCUCUGACCCCAAAUACGCUGCACCCAAAGUCAUCCAGGCCCAGGGAAAAGACAAGGAAGCAGCCAAAGGACCCUGCAUACUGCCCAUCGUACGAGACGGCAAGAAAGUGAGCAACACGCACUAUUACCUGCUACCUGAGAGGCCCACGUACUUGGACCGUUAUGACAAAUUCUUCAAAGAGGCUGAAGAGGAUGAGCGAAGGCCAGUCAACACAGCGACAGUCAGACCCAUGGUGCAACAGCAGGGAGACACAAAAACAAACUUUUCCUGCAAUAAUAACAGCAGUCUUCCAGCUAGAGCAGGCAUCAGGAACUCUAUCAGUCUGACCAAAGUCAGCACCGAAGGGUCUGGCAGCAGGGCAGAGGGAGCGGCUAAUGCUGACAGAGUUAAAUUGGUGCAGGAGGCGGUGCACGGCGUGACGAUUGAGGAGUGUCAGACGGCACUGCAGAACCACAGCUGGAGCGUGCAGAAGGCUGUGCACUACCUAAAGGUAGAGCAGCUCUUCUGUCUCGGUUUGAAGUCCAGGGUGGAGUGUCAUAAGAUCCUGGAGAUGUGUGACUGGAACCUGGAGCUGGCCAGCACUCAGAUUUUAGACACUUAUGGCUCAGUGAAACAGAGUUCGUCCCAGUUGGCCGUCUGUGCGCUCUGUUCAGCAGUGUGCUGACUCCCACAAAGGACUGUAUACCAGGAGAAAAAAAGCGAUGAAAAAACUCAUCUUCGUCCUCAUCCUCCCCUCAUCAAAGAUUAAACAGGGCAUCUAGAAAACACUAGGAAUCUCGAGUUCCCUCUCUCUGCUAUACCGAGGGACUCGCGUCCGUGCGUCCGUGCGCGUCCUUAGAACCGAGCGUCUUCCUCCAGAAGACCUUCUCAAGGUGCACUCACUUCUGAGUUCAGAGGUCAACAGUUCAUCAAGUUUUAUUUGUUCUCCGUUUCGAACAGAAAAAAAGGUAGAAACCAAAGUGCUGCUGGUCCGUUCAAUAUGAUGAUGUUUUUUGUUUGUUAUUUUUUUAUACAGAGCUUUAUUUGAUAAAUAAUAAAGGAGAUUAUUAGAUGGGAACUCAAUGUAUAAGAGGUGUAUAUAUUAUCAGAGUGUAUAGGUUUGUUUGUGUCAAAUGGCCCUUUUUUUUAAUGUACGUUAUUUCAGCUGACUGCAACAAGUUUAUCGAAAUUGUUUUGUGUUGUGUUUUCUUGCUUUUUUCUAUUUUUUUCCCCCUGUUCUUUUCGUUUAAAGAUAUCUACGUUUCCCAACCCUGUGUUUGCACUAGCUAUCGACAGGACGCAAGUUUCCUUCUUCCUCAAAUCCGAUUGCAUCAGAUUUAGCAAUAAUUUCAAUUAUUUGCGUCGUCGUAAAGCAUUCGCAGUUUCUUUCUAAGAGUAAAAGGUGCUCCUCGUUCCGUUUAACCAAAUCGCUGCUGUCUGAUGUCAUGAGUGACUCCUCCCGCUCCCGAACACUUCCUGUAGAAGAUAUCAGUUGCAUAUCUGAGUGUUCUUAAUAGUUUGUUUGUUUUGUUUGUUUGUUUGUUUGUUUCUGUAUUUUCCAUUGCACAUUUCACUAAUAUUGUGCAUCAUAAUUUUAGCGAGCUGCUCCUACACACUACUUCAGCACGAGCGCCUUCAGGAUACACCGAUGUCAAGAAGUCGAAGCGAUCGGUCGAAGUCAUGCUGUUUCCUAAAUAGCAAAAAUACAGCUCGGUUUGUUCGACAUCCUCAAAAGUCCAAUCGUGUCGUAUUGCCGUAUCGUCCACCAGAAAAAGUAAACAAAACAAAAACACGAUUAGCUCCAAGUGCUACUUCAUCAUGACAUGUCCUUUGUUAGUGUGAACACAGGGUUAAACCUAAAGGCCAAAAGACCGCGCACACUUCCUCCACGUGCCUCCGUGUGCCGUAUCGUACGUCCGUACGUCUCCCGAUUCGACAGCGAGACUCGAAAUGCUUCGGUUCCUACAGUACAGCUGACCCGUUCCACGUACAGCGCAUUCGCACAGCACAGAACUUUAAAUGCUUCAAUAUGGUGCAGUUUUCAGAAGCACAAUCGAGUGGCCUUAAAGAAAUCCUCCAGCCGUACAGUAUAUCUAUCUGUUAAGAACAGACUUAAAAUUUAAUUAUAUUAUUAUGUAUAAGGGGCAGCUGUUAAAUUGCAACAACACACUUUAUAUGAAAAGAUAUGAGCUAAGCUACAGUUACAUUACAUUCUAACUUUCAUCCUUAUUAAGCUUAAUUCAAUCGGUCAGUACAGAGAAACGACUCGACAUGUUUGCACUUAUCUUAGGCUACUUUCACACUUUUUUUUUUAUUUUUUUUUUUUAGUUUUUUCUUUAGCGUUUUUUAAGUCACCAGCAAACGUAUUAAAGGUAACUCUGUGAUAAACGGUUGCUUUGUAAACGCACAGUGGAGCCUCCAAGGUGUGAUGUUGAGUACUUUUUUUUUUUUUUUUUUUAAUUUUCUGACAUCACAAGAUGGAGGAAACAUAAUGUGGGGAAAAUAUGUCUAUAAUUCGAAAGCAACCGGCGACGGCGAUCUUUAUUUCGUCUGCAUUAUCGAUAAUAUCCAAGCUAAUCUAACGAGUGGUGAUGUUAGCUUACGACCCGUCGUGGUGAACAUGUACUGUAUCAUCUAGGUUAAAGUAUUUUUUCCCCGGAUAUCAUCACAGGAUCCGGCAUCCUGAGAUGUUAAAUAUCACUUCUUCCAGUUCCCUCCCAGAUGUUUUUCGCCUGCUUUACGGUAAUAAUCGCUUGGAUGUAGCUGUUAAGGACCAGUGUUAGAGAUACUGAAGCAUACAGCAAUCUCACAGCCAUUGUGCGGCGACUCCUUCGGUCUCUGACUCAUUUUAUUCCCCUGACAGCAUGUAUUGUGUUGGACUCGCUACGUCAGUUUCCAGCUCUGAAUAAUUAUAAUAAACACGUAGGCAUCCUGAUCAAACAGAUUAAUUAGCCUCCAUUAUGCUGUAUUUAUGAGACUGAAAUGACCUUGUGGUGAUGUUUUCACACUCCGUUCUCCUGUUCCAGCUUUAUCAUGCCGUACUGUUCGCUCUUCCAUCUUCUUCUUUAUGUAUUUUACUGUCUUGUUCAUGCAGAUAUCAAAUUUAUAUACAG